GCACCCCCGCUUAGACGGACAGCCUGGCCGGGUGCUCUCCUUCCCAUCACCAGAGUGUGCCCACUAAAUGUGGUUGUUUCCAUGUGAAAAUUAGAGGCUUUCCUUUAGCUGAUGGGCAUCACAUACCAGAACACACUGGAAUGCAAACUAUAAAUCUGUUGAGAACACACAAACCACCCAGAUAUAAUAGGGCUUAGUAAAGACACGGAGCGCCUGCCAGGAAUUUCCGGAAGAGAUGGGACCCCGUCUUCCCAUGCUGGGGGCGUGUGCAUGUCUGAGUGCCGCACUCUGGCCCUCAGACUCCAGGUGCACAGUGGGGCUCCAGGCGCACAGUGGGGCUCCAUGAAUGAUCCCCCACCAGGUGGGGGGUGCCCAUGCUGCCCGGACAGCAUGGAGCUGCUCCUGGCCACUUCACGAAAGGUUUCCACAGCCUCAGAGCCAGCAGAAGAAAUGAGCCACAGACCACCUCUUCAUCCACGUAGCUGUUCAAACGACGCUCUUCCACCCGCACCGGGUGGUGGUCUGAGUGGAGGGCCUGUCUUGUCCCGCUGGAUGGGGAGCACACAGGCCUCGCCCCACAGGACCCUGCUGGCUGGAAGACUAUUCCAGAGCCUCCUUGUAACAAGUGCUGAUUGAACACUCCCUGUGCUCAAGUAUCCGGUUAUUAGUGAAAGAAAUGCUAUUCUUAUUAGACAUGAUUCUCAGAUCCAGGUGUGAUGGGUCCCACUUCUGGUCUGAUGAGUGGCCAGGUCCCGUGGGCCCACGGCAGGCGGGGACACUGCUUCCUAACUCCCCACUUCCACCCCAGAGCCUGGUUUGCUCAUCUGCACCCUGGCCUCUUCCUCUGCGCAGAUCUGGGGAUGUCUGCGUGCAGGCUGCGGUCUGGAGCCCGGUCCCAGGAAAGCCCACCUCCUGCUGCGUGGACGGGGAGCAAGCCCCGCACCGCAUGGGCCCUAGAGCCGCUCCUCUCCUUGGCCCCACGCAUUUCCUAGGUUUUCUGCCAAACUGUGUGUAAUCAAAAAGAUUUUCCAAAAAGUAAAACCGUGCAUGGAAUGAAUGAAACUCAACGUUCUGCUGAGUGAGAGAUGUCGGGCACAAAGGCCACAGAGUCUACGAUUCCAUUUACUUGAAAUGCGAGAGAAGACCAACCUGUCAGGGCAGAGGGUACAGGAGCAGGUGCCUGGGAGCGGGGCGGCCGGUUGGACGGACUCCACCCUGAAGCUUCAGGAAUGUGCGCGUCUUCAGAACACUGGCAAGGGCUCAGCGCUUAGAGGUCGUGGCUCUUCGGGAAGCGGCCGCAGCUGUUGGGGACGCUGACUAAGCCCCCGGCUCCUCGGCUCCGAGCUGGUGCCUGUGCUGACGCGGAAGGGAGGGACGCCGUCCACGUGGCUCCUCGGCAGGCGCGGGAGCAGAGGGGGCCAGGGAGGUUCUCAUUGGUGCCGCCGGCCCGCGGAGGUAGGCGUGCCGGCCGUUCAGGGAGCUCCUGAGAGCGGCACUAUGAGCACAGCAGAGGUCGGUGGGACGCACUGAAGGCCACUGCCACGAAGCCAAGGGCCAGUGAACAGCCUCCCCAUGGAGAAGUUCAAGGCUGCCAUGCUGCUGGGGGCCGUGGGGGACGCACUCGGGCACAGAAACGCCCACAAGGACAGCAGUGCCUCAGGCAGGAAGGUCCGGGAGGGGCCGCAGACAAGCGGGGGCCUGGACCACCUGCUCCUCUCCCCAGAGACGUGGCCUGUGAGCGACAACACCAUCAUGCACCUGACGACGGCCGGGGCCCUGACCACAGACUACUGGUGCCUGGACGACCUGUACCGGGAGAUGGUGAGGCGCUACGUGGAAGUCCUUGAGAAGCUUCCGGAACAUUGGGCAGAUCCAGCUACCCUGGAAGGCUGCUCGCAGCUGAAGCCGGAUAACUACCUCCUCGCCUGGCACACGCCUUUCAACGAGAAGGGCUCGGGGUUUGGAGCUGCCACGAAAGCCAUGUGUAUUGGCAUGCGGUACUGGAAGCCCGAGCGCCUGGAGACACUCGUCGAAGUGAGCAUCGAGUGUGGCAGGAUGACCCACAACCACCCCACAGGCUUCCUCGGGUCCCUGUGCACGGCCCUGUUUGCAUCAUACGCUGCACAAGGGAAGCCUCUGGAGCAGUGGGGCAGGGACAUGAUGCGGACGGUCCCUCUGGCUGAGGAAUACUGUAAGAAGACCAUCCGGCACCUGGCAGAAUACCAGGAGCACUGGUUUUACUUUGAAGCCAAAUGGCAGUUUUACUUGGAGGAGAGAAAGAUCAGCGAUGACACGGGAAGCAAAGCUGUCUUCCCCGAGCACUACGACUCAGAGGAGAGGGACAAGGCUUACCGAAAAUGGAGCUCGGAAGGCCGAGGGGGCCGGCGGGGCCACGAUGCCCCCAUGAUCGCCUACGACGCUCUCCUAGGAGCAGGUGACAGCUGGGCAGAGCUCUGCCACCGGGCCAUGUGUCAUGGAGGCGAGAGCGGGGCCACCGGGACUAUCGCGGGCUGCCUGUUCGGGCUGCUGCACGGCCUGGACGCGGUUCCCACGGGCCUGUACCAGGACCUGGAGCACAAGGAGGAGCUAGUGCGCCUGGGCGAGGCUCUGUACCACCUGUCCACAGAGGAGAAGUAAAGCCCUCCCGCCACCGUCCCUCCGUGGGGAGCUGCGUCCAGCUCUGGCGGCCCCACGGCCCUCCUGGAUGUGCACCACGCCUCAUUGGCCAUAAUCACAUUUUAACUCUCUCCUCCCCCGAUGUCAGAACCCUACCUGCUAUAGGAAAUGCACUGUCUGUCCUGCGAGGAUGUUUGUCCUGCCCUCACGUGGCCCUGGGGCAUCACUGGCCCCACGCCGGGUCUGUGGCCCCGAGCCUCCAAACACGGGAGCACAAACAGUCUCGGGGAUGAUCGUGUAUUUCACUCUGUGCACGACUAAUGCUACUCGCUCACUCAUGCCGACAAAACUAACCACGACCGCUGUGCGCGGACCGAGCGUGCGUUCCACCGCUUCUGGCCUUAGACGGCGGCAGCCGGCAGGCACGCGCUUACCUCCAGCCGACGUUUUUAAUCACACUAGAUCUUAAAACCAACCCCUUUGGAAAGAGUGCCUGAGAAAACUGGGAAAUAAAGGGUCCUCGUGCGUCCCUGCUUCUCCUUCGGCGUGGUCUGCAGCCGUGGGCUUCCCAGGCCCACCCUCGGCCACCGCCACCUGCUCCACCAGCCUUGCCGCUGGGGACCCGCAGCUGCUCACCGGGGACGGUGCCUCUCUCUGCGAGUCUUGAGGAAGAGAACGCUCGCUCUUGCUAGAAAUAACCUCGGACAUGGUCUUUCUCAAGUAGCAUCUGGUGUGAAUAAAAGAGCAGUUGGU